AUGAAUGAAGUUUAUGAUAUUCAUUCAAUACUUCUCAUUAAUGUAGCAUAUGACGCACAACAAGUUAGCAAUGGUCAAUCAGAAACUCCAAAUUUUGGUACAGUAGUUAAAGGCAGGCCUCAACCUUCAUCCCAGGAUCAACUUGGUUUACUAACUUACGUCACAAAUUAUACUGGACUUCAAUUAUUCAUUAAUCCUUCAUCUCCAAAUUUAUCUUAUUAUACCGAUCUUUCGUGUUUGCAAGAACCGAAGCUUAGAUGUUAUCAAAAAAAAAAUCCACCAUUUCAAACUAAGGAUUUAUUAUGUUUGAGUGUGGUGAAUCCACAUGAUAAAGAAAUGAAAUUUAGUCUAUCGGUUAGCUUUACUUCCGGUAUUGAUCCGAUAUCUACCACUCCGUCUCCUUUAAAUCCGGGAUAUAGCGUUGUUGCAACAGUGAAUAAUGCGAAACCGACAGCUACGCAUAGUGGAUCACCAAAUUUUAUUGCCAGUGGUAGUGAUGUCGGUGGUGGAGGAACGGGAGUAUGGUUGGUUUUGGUAGGUGUUGGUGUUGCAA